AAUGGUCACGCCCCCGGCCUCGGAUAUAAGAAGUGGAGGGGGCGCGGUCUCGUUCUUCGCUGUGUGAUCUCGGCAGGUGUGUGAUCGAUACUCGGUGAUCCAGGUAGUGUGAGAUCUGCUCAGCCUUUCCAAGAUGUUCUCCAAACUUGUCCAACGACGCACCUUGGGUGCUCUCGGCAACCUCCGGGCUUCUAUGAGUUCAGCCGGACCAGCAGCCACAGAGAAGCCUGUAGAAGAAGCCUUGUCCUCGGAAUACGUUUAUGACAGAGAAGCGAAGUACGGGGCGCACAACUACCACCCUCUGCCUGUUGCUCUGGAAAGGGGAAAAGGUGUGUACGUGUGGGAUGUGGAAGGCCGGAGGUAUUUUGACUUUCUGAGUGCAUACAGUGCUGUGAACCAGGGACAUUGUCAUCCUAAAAUUGUCAACGCUUUGACUUCUCAAGCAGAAAAACUGACACUUACCUCUAGGGCUUUCUACAAUGAUGUCCUUGGGGAAUAUGAAGAGUAUGUGACCAAAUUGUUCAACUACAACAAAGUUCUUCCCAUGAACACAGGUGUUGAAGGCGGCGAAACUGCCUGCAAAUUAGCCCGGAAGUGGGCAUACACUGUGAAAGGAGUUCCCAAGUACAAGGCUCAGAUUUUAUUUGCAGCUGGCAACUUCUGGGGCAGGACCAUGUCUGCGAUAUCUUCUUCCACAGACCCAUCCAGCUACGAGGGCUUUGGACCAUUUAUGCCUGGGUUUAAAGUAAUCCCAUAUAAUGACCUCCCCGCCCUUGAGCGAGCUCUGCAGGACCCCAAUGUGGCAGCUUUUAUGGUUGAGCCUAUUCAAGGUGAAGCUGGUGUCCUUGUUCCUGAUGAUGGUUACCUGACCGGCGUGAGACGGCUGUGUACAGCACACAAUGUUCUGUUCAUUGCUGAUGAGGUGCAGACUGGAUUGGCCAGAACUGGGAAGAUGCUUGCUGUAGACCAUGAGAAUGUUCGACCAGAUAUUGUGAUCCUUGGAAAAGCCUUGUCAGGAGGACUGUAUCCGGUGUCUGCCGCUCUUUGUGAUGACGAGGUUAUGCUCACAAUCAAGCCAGGAGAACAUGGAUCUACCUAUGGGGGCAAUCCAUUAGCUUGCCGGGUGGCAAUGGCUGCUCUAGAGGUGAUAGAGGAGGAGAAGUUGGCAGAGAAUGCCGAAUUGAUGGGGGAGCUGCUGAGAGCAGAGCUUAUGAAGGCACCAUCAGACAUAGUGACAGCUGUCAGAGGAAAGGGUCUACUCAAUGCCAUUGUCAUAAAACAAACUAAAGACUGCGAUGCCUGGAAGGUGUGCCUCCGACUCCGUGAUAAUGGACUCUUGGCCAAACCCACACAUGGAGAUGUCAUCAGAUUCGCACCCCCGCUGACCAUCAACGAGGAGGAGAUUCAGGAGUGCACUGAAAUCAUCCACAAGACCUUGCUUUCAUUUUGAGCCGUCUCUAUGGAGGAACAACCAUUUCAUUGUGCUUUGACUCACGGACUGGAAACUGGCCCUAUGGACACUGCUCUCUAUUGAUCCCCACAGGCAGUGAUCUGGUAAUCGCUCCUGUAAACGGGGGGGCAGUAGACCUGAAGGCUUAAAGGACUGUAUUACCAGUGGUUCUGGUGCUGGAAAUGUACCGUGUAAGGAAGAUACAUGUAUGCUAUAUUAUAUAGUACAGCUUUGCAGUACAAUGUGCUGGGUGUAAUGUAGUGUUUUAUAGAAGUAACAGUUAUUUAAUAUUUCUAGAGAUUAGUUUACUCUAUGUAAAAUGUGAAUAAAUGUGGCUUAUUCUCGA